AGUUGUGAAGACGGGAAAAUAAGAGUCCCGAUUUCUUUCCUGCGUUUUGUAACAAUCGUUUUGUAAUAAGUACAAUCGAUUGUAAUACUACAUAAUAUAAAAUAGAUUUUUGACGAAAUAUGUAAUUUUUAUUUAUUUUUUGUGCAACAUGAUGAAUUCCUUUCAAAAUACCGUAAAAUAUUUGCGGUUGAUAAACCUGAAGACAGCACUAAAUACGCUGAAAGAAUGCAAGCCAACGCCCUUUUUAGUGGAAAAGCCAGCAAUAAUAUCGAAGGCGAAAUCCAUAACAUUUGCUCCUCGAAAUAUCAGCGUAGAAAUUGCAGACAAGGGUAUUGUCGGUAAAAUAAAACAGGAUCCUAUACCUUAUGUACCUAUUAUCAAUCCUAGGUCUAUUCUUCCUUUGAUUGAUUCAAAUUGGAGGAAGGAUGAGAUUGGUUUGCCAGCCGUGGAAAGUGAGGAAAAACAGGCUGUGAGGCUGAUUGUAAUACGAAGGAAGAAAAUGAAGAAGCAUCAGCGAAGGAAAUUGUGGAAGAGGAUGAGGCAUCGCUGGGCCCGGGUGAAGCAGCGGCGACGUCAGAUCAAGGAGAAGAAUUUCCAGAACAGUCUCUUGGCCAUGGUCAAGGAGGCGAAUGAGUUCUCAGCUGAGAAAUACGUCGCUGAGAAGAUCCGCAAAGCUAACCAUACUCCGCUACCGACCCGCUGGAGACACAAGAGGCUGCCGGAGUUCAUUAUAAGACAGCUAAUGGGGAUCGAUAAGAAGAUUAAUUAUAAACACACUGAUGUGUACAAGGCAUAAAAUAGAGAGCACAUUAUUUGUAAAGUUGUCCAAAGUUUUGUGUCGUGUGGUUCCCGGCACCAAUACUAAAAAGAAUAGCACCACUCCAUCUCUUUACCAUGGAUGUCGUAAAAGGCGACUAAGGGAUAGGCUUACAAACUUGGAUUCUUUUUAGGCGAUGGGCUAGCAACCUGUCACAAUUUGAAUGUCAAUGGCCAUGCAGUCUUUUCAAGACUUUUGGCUCUGUCUACCCCGCAAGGGGUAUAGACGUGACCAUAUAUGUAUGUAUGUUGUCCAAAGUUGAAUAUGGCUACUGAAGAAAGUUUGUAACAUUAUAUGAAACAAAAUAGAAAAAUUGCCUUAUACUUCGUCAGAAAGGAUGCAACCAGGACAAUAGCUGUUUUAAUUAUAAAAACCUACAUUAAAGUCACGUCUAUAUACCUUGCGGGCUAGAUAAAGCCAACGGUCUUGUAAAUUCAGCUGUUUGGUUAAAUUAUGGAAUUGAUAUUCAAUUAGUGACAGUUUGCUAGCCCAUCGCUACAAGUGGAAUCCCAAUUUAUUAGCCUAUCCCUUAAUCGCCUUUUACGACAACCAUUAGAAAGCCAUGGCAUGAUUUUAUUCUAAACUGCCGGUAACCACACGACAUAGAAUUCUGCAUCUAAUAUACUGUUAUAAAUAUAUAAUUACCAUAGAAUUCUGAAACAUACAUACAUAUAAUCACGUCUUUAUCACUUGCGGGGUAGACUGAGCUGCAGUCUCAAACGAAAGGUUUGAACAUAUCUCAAAAAAUAGGCAUGGUACAUGGCCGAGGCAGGAUUUGAACUUGUUCCUCCAUGCCAAUAUCGCAUUUUAAUAGUGUAGUAUAUGUAAAGUAAAACAGGUAUUUUCUUUUUGUCAUAAAUGGCGUUAUAAAAUGCAUUUUUAUUGUGUUGCAAAUUAGUAUUUUUGUUGUAAUUAGAAAUUACUGAGUAGAAUAUAGGGAGUUGUGAAAUA